UGUUCUACUGUCAUCUUCGUCUCUUCGUCAGGCUCGUUCGCUCUAAUAUUCGCUCCAAAAAUUUUUUUGAUUUUAAAUUUUUAAAUUUUUAAAUUUUUGCAAAGUUAUUAAGGAGUAAGAAUUUAGAAAAUGGCGAAGGCGAAGGCCAGAAAGGGAAGGAAGAAGUCUGUUUCUAGGAAGAAGAAAGGAAAAGUUGGAAAAGUAGGAAAAGUUGAAAAACGUUCAAAUAAGGACUCGCUGUCCGUUGUGCCAAGCAUUUCCAAAGAUCGUCAAGCAGCCUUGGUCUUGCUGACGAGGGCCAACGCGCGGAAUGAUGAUCUGCACAAGAGAUAUAAGAUUAGAGCAGCGAAUAGGGCAUUUGAUUUUUGUCGAAAUGGCCGUUCAGCAUGUCAGACAUGCCAGCGGAGCGUGGGACGAAGAGGCGCUGCGGGGGAACUGUACUGUCAGUUUACCUGUCCGGAGAAGACCGUUUUCUGCUCUGAAGUAUGCAAAGAGAAGGGUUGCCACAACUGCGUGCUUUAUAAGUACCGGACUGAGGGAGGGACUGGGGAGUUGCAAAGUACGGUCCAACUUCCAAUGAGAGACCACGUUGUGGCUGAGAUGCCGAUAAUCCUUGAAAUACCGCGCGUCGCGUAUUACUGGCAUCAGAAAUCUGUCAAAUCCGUCUUCGAAGUACCUUGCAUUCAAUGUGGCGUCGUAAAUCAGGAAAAUUGGGUCGAAGAGGCUGUAGACCAGUAUGCUAUCAUUGAUGAAAUAAAGGCCACUAACUGCAAAAAGUGCAAAUGGCCAGUGUGUCCUGGCCCUGAUUGUAAAAAGCAACAUGGCAAAGAAUGCAGAGACUUGACCAAUUUCGCUCGUUCAUUUGAAUCACAAGGAUUAAGACAUCCGAUGCUAAUGAAUCGCGACCGUGCCUUCUGGAUGCUGGGACUCAUGCGGCUAUCUAUCCUGCAAAAGAGGAACAAGGAUUUGUUUAACUGUUUUGAGCUUCUUAUGAACGAGAGGACUUCCUAUUCCUUUGACAUUACGCGUGAUGAUGAUGAUGAGAAAUAUUUUAACAUGUUCUUGAAAGAGUUUGAGAAUCAUUUUUCUACUUUUCGGCUCUGGAGUACCAUCGACGUAAAACGCAUCGUGGAUACGCUUCUCUACUACGCUGUACAUGCAGCUAGCAUUUCUUGGAUGGAUGCACACGCGGGCGUUAUUAGCAAGUGCGUCCUGCUUGGAGUCAAGUUCCACUAUGGAUGUAUUCCAAAUAUCAUCCUGACGAAGGAACUGGGUGCGAAUCGAGUCCUCUUGAAGACUCUUAGGCCUGUCAAGGAGGAUGAGAUAUUGAGUUUGGGGAUAUACCAGUAUGGAAGCUCAGCACUCAUUGCGAAUCCCAUAUUCGAUUCGGAUACGGUUGGAUUUGGUGAUCAUCUAAAUGUGCAACGAUCAAGUAACAAGAAGGAGUGCACUUCGUCAGCAUGCACAAUUUGCUUGGGGGAAGAGACAGGAAAUAUGCUUCAACUGGGAAAACUCCGAAAACUCUGGGGAUACCCAGCAUUGUGCGAAAAAAAGUUGAAGAAGACAACGUUGCAUCCAGUGUUGACGAUAAGGCCUGACCGAACUCGUAAAGUGGAAUGGAAGUGUAGAGCAUGCGGAGUAUGUAAAGGUUCUAAAGGGGUGGACUAUCGACGUCUGCAUUUCCAAAGUGUGCGGAGAACGAUCCUUGGACAAUUUUCGAAUACACCAUUCGAUAAGCUAGGAGACGUGGUUACGAGUUAUUACAAAACAACUGACUGGUUUUUUCGCCUUGAUAAGAUGAUGAUUUUCGCCAAUGUAAUCAACCAGGUUCACUAUUAUGUUAAUGGCAGACUUGAAAGGGCUCCGCCGAAUGGUCCCCAUCCGUUACUUACCGUGGCGGAGUACAAUAGUAUGAAGAAGAUUUAUAAUCUCUACUUCAUUGUGCUUGGGAAUUUAAAGAGCACUGAUUUUUUUCGAUAUGAAACUGAGCAAAUAAAGUGGCUGGAGGCUACCUGCUACAUGUGGACUGAGGUGGUUGGGGCCUCAAUCGAGGAGUAUGGGGACAAGCACGAAAUAUUUCAUGAAGCCACCAAGAACAUGGAAAUACUGACGGGGUUACCCCAAGUUCAAUCAGUGACAAAAGGCCACUUGACAAUUAUUGAGGCUCGAUUAACUUCAGUCGUCGAUCGUCUACACCCAGAAUAAACUAUUUGGAAUGUAUCCAUACUACUUGUGCAUUUGCUACAAUGGAAUCUUAUGCUUUCUAAUUUCUUUUUUUAUCCUCUGGGAAUUGUUCUUUCAUUCAGUUUUGUUUUUAGUAAUUAUGCAGAUAAACAAAAAAAAUGGACAUAGCUGGUAGAAAUGAGUUCAGUAAUAAAAUUAAGUUUUAUUCAGA